AAUUACAUUUCUCAAUUAUUACAUGAAAUCAUGGUAAUUCUACCUACAAAAAGAGAAAGAGAAGGUGAAUUUAAGACAAUAACAACCAUGACAAAUUACUUGAUGUUGUUUUCACAUCAAGAAAAUCAUUUCAACACUAUGGUGAACAACUCUCCUAGUCGAGUUUUCGAGUGCAAGACUUGUAAGAGACAAUUUUCAUCGUUUCAAGCACUAGGUGGUCAUCGAGCAAGUCAUAAAAAGCCAAGAUUAAUGGGAGAAAUGAAUUUUCAUUUGCCGAUUUCACCACCUAAGCCAAAAACACAUGAGUGUUCAAUUUGUGGACUUGAAUUUCCUAUAGGACAAGCUUUAGGUGGACAUAUGAGAAGACAUAGAGGUAUGUUGAAUGAAAAUAAUAAUAAUAAUAAUAAUAAUAAUAAUAAUAAUAAUAAUAAUAAUAAUAAUAAUAAUGUUGUGAAGAAAUUAAAAAAUCCAAGAGUUUUAUGUUUGGAUUUAAAUUUGACACCAUUGGAAAAUGAUCAUUUAGAAUUGAUCAAGUUGAAGAAAGAGGCUCCUAAAGUUGAUUAUUUCUUGUAAUUAUUGAAUAUUGAGUAAAAUAAACCCUAUCUAGAUGUAUAGAAUUAAGUUUAAUUAUUUCCUCUUAUGGAUCAUGUUCUAGAUAAGGGUUUAUUUAUGUGUUUAUAGGUUACCAUCGACGAA